AUGGCACCAAGACGUGUAGAAGAUGUGCCUGUGCCGAAAAGAGUGGCAGCUGCAGGUUGUAAAUUAUCGGAACCACUACCAGCAGGAGAGAUCUUGACGGAUAUUACACAGAAUAAAUGGAGACUGGGAAACACCAUAGGAUAUGGUGGUUUUGGAGAUAUAUAUCUAGCUUCUAAUGAUAUUACAUUGCCGGUUGAACAAGACGCAAAGUACGUCGUAAAAAUCGAACCACACAACAAUGGUCCAUUAUUUGUUGAAAUGAAUUUUUAUAUAAGGGCUGCGCGCAAACAUAUGAUCGAAAGUUGGUGUAAUUCUCAGGGAAAGAGAAGAAUCGGCGUCCCCACAUACGAAGGAUCAGGAUCUCACUUUUAUAAAAAUCAACGUUACAGGUUUCUAGUGAUACCGCGAUAUGGUAUAGAUAUUGGAAAAUUAUUUCUCUCGCAUAGAAGGAAAUUGCCAACGAAGCUUGUUAACACAUUAGCUGUACAAAUGUUGGACGCGCUAGAAUACAUUCAUAGUAAAGGAUAUGCUCACGCGGAUGUUAAGGGAUCAAAUAUUUUAUUGUCAUACGGGGACGGAAUAGGAAAGGAAAAAUCUCAAGCAUACUUAGUAGACUACGGACUGGCGUAUCGUUUUCGAACAAGCGCCGGCGAACAUAAACCGUUCAUACAUGAUGAAAGACGUGCUCACGAGGGCACAUUAGAGUUCACAUCGCGGGACGCUCAUCAUGGAACACAUUCAAGAAGGGGAGAUCUUGAGACUUUAGGGUAUAAUAUUAUACAAUGGUUAUGCGGUAAGCUACCUUGGGAGAAAGAUGAUAACGAAACUAAUUUAGUCAUGGAUCCAGAGGAAGUUCAUCGACAAAAGGACAUUCUUUUGUCGGACCUGCCUUUAUUUAUGAACGAAUGCUUCCCUCACAAGAAGAAACCACCAGCUGCAAUCAUGAAGUAUAUGCAGUACGUUACCGAAUUAGGAUUUGAGACCAAACCCAACUAUUUCUAUUUACGGAAUUUAUUUCUGAACGGUGGCAUCCAAGACAGCAAUAUUCCUAUGUGUCUUUACACCAUGAACGAGUCGAAUGAAAAUCUGACGAGCUCUGUAUUCUUCGAGCGCCCGUAUCUCAGAGAAAGGAAACCUUGCAGACCGGUAAAUGGCGAGAUACGAAUAACACGAAACACGCAACCUAAGCGUCCGGUUCAGAAAAAGGAGUUCAGCUGGGAGGCAGUGUUGGCACUGCAUCCGGAUAAACUCGCAAAAAUUAGUACUCAACCUCCGCCACCGUCUUCACUCACACCGCCGCUCACGCCCCCAUCGCAUUCUACUCCGCAAUCGCCGUCCCUGCCAACAUACGCAAUGCUAAAUGUACUUCGUAGAAUGAAGGAGAGGCAAUCCGGCACGUUCAGGCAUAAAGCAACACCAAAAUCAUCGGAUAACGAACUGAAGUCAAAAUGGAUGACACCUGCGAUGGAAGAAGUCGCACGAUUAAGAGAAAAAAAUUCCGAGUCGGUUGUUCCCACUGCUCAAAGUAGUCCACGCUUAACGCGAUCGCGUGUGGCAAAGUUAAAACGUCUUGGAACUCAGAACAAGCGUGUAAACGACGAUUCAACCGAUAGCAAGGUUACGCAUAAAAGAAGAAAAGGCUCGCCUUCCUAAGCGAGAGAGGCCGGACUUAAUUAGUAUUACUAUUAAUUAGUAUAAAGACAGUCUCUGACUGAUAAGAUCGGCAUUCACUUCAACGAGAAGUAUAAAAUCAAGUAUUAUUCGGACAAAAUCUCAUUUAUCGACGAUGUCGCGGAUAUGUACAUCGCGUCAAUUUAUUUAAGACUGCUUCAUCAUAAACUCCUGUAACAUUGUACAAUACGGAUAAGUUUUUUAAAUAAGUACAUAGCAAACGAAAUCGUACUAUUAAAGUAAAUAAUAUUCAGAACGAACUUCCUCCUUCGAAAUUGCAAGUUGGCCGGAAAAAUUAUGGUAUUUAAAUUAUAAUAGUAUUUCCGACAAAAUCAAUAUCCGUGAUUUAGGAUCGCACAAAUAAAUUUUAUAAUUUUCUUACUAGCUUAUGUUUAUUUAAUACUAAUAGACAGGUUCAAUCACAUUCUACAUUAAAUCAUGAAACAACAUAUGUAUAUUCCAUUCUGUAUUUAUCUGUGUCUCGGAUGUUGAUUAAAUUUAUUAAAUUAUGCAUUCAUUGUGUGUGUGCGCAUAUAUAUAUAUAUAUAUAUAUAUAUAUACAUCAUAAUCGAUUUGACUUCUUUUUUUCUUCUGCAGCAAGUAAUUGUAAUUAUUUCGAUUUUGUUUUAAUCGAUGGAUAAUAUGAUGUUAAUAAUGUUAUUCGAAAGUGCAUACACACAGCAAAAAAAUGAUUAUUACAAAUAUUUAUAUAUUGCAGAGAGAGUUUUUAUCUAAUACUUUUGUGCAAUAUAAAUCACAAAGAAAACAAAUUUAAUGAAUUAUGAUCGCGUGAUGGUUUUUGUAAAAAAAUUUAGUUUCUCCAACGAUUGCGCGUCUCCUUGUGUAGGAAAAUCGAGGACUAUCGUAAAGUAUUACGUGAUUAUAUCUAUAUCGAUGUAUAAUCCAGUUAAUCGAGGAUCUUGUAAAAUUGUCUAGGAGAAAGUAACGGGGAUCACUCUCGCGUGUGAAUCCUUUUUGUGAAAAUCAUUGUAAAUACAGCAUUUUUUUCAUUACUUAAUACUUCGUUCUGCUAACUUGUAUGGUAACGCGUUCGAAGGUACGUUAACUUCUGUAAUCUUAUGGGUAUUCGCGACAUACGCGGUAAGCAAAUUGUAGAUGUAACGUGCAUUUACAUUUAGAUCUUUAACAUGACAUGAUUGAAAAUCGGUGCUAAUGUUCGAAAUAGUAAUAUCCGGAGGAACAUUAGCGAGGCGUACGAUAAGGUCAUGCGAUUUUAUAUGACGUAUGAAUGGGACAUUUGACACUUGAAUUGUAUGGCAUAAUUUCCGAGAGCUUAUUAUAAUAUACCGGAAUUACUCUAUCUAUAUACUAAUCGAAACCGAUUUUGUCGUCGCGUUGCAUCGCGUUGAACUUUUUUAUUUCUGAUAGCCUUGAGUGGAUUUAAUGUGUCCAGCAGAUAUUAUUAGUUGAUGUCUAAUCGUUGUUUAGCAUUCUCGCUAUCGUGAUCGAUUUAUAAAUAUUUAGAACUUCUUUUUUUUACAGUACAUUAUUGUGAUAAUUUAUUUCUACUAUCCUAAGUUAUGAUCUAUGUACCUGUGCCACGAUAACGAUCGUUACUGCUCGAAAUUAAAUGUCACUGAUUAUAAUGCGUAUUUGUAUUCUAUUCCUAUACAAAAAAUUUAUUACACGCUUAAAUGCGGAAGUGACGGAUAUAUCGAUCGAUGACCCAUCUUCAAUUCCGCAAGAGCGAACCUUUUAACGGAGGAACGAUACUGUAUUCUUUGCGGAAAGGACAUCUAUUCUUCCGUAAACAUAUAUAUAUUAUACGGCCAAAUAUACUGUUAGAUUAAUCUUUGUACAGAUUAAUAUCUCACUGGCAAUAAGAGCUUGUAAUGAUUAUACGAUGAACGUCGCGCAAUGCAAUAAAGUUGCGUUCUCCUAAGUGUAUUGUUGGAUAUCGCGGAACAGCGCGUUAUUACUAUUUCGUAAGACGUGAUAAUUUCGAGCCGCGAGACGUUACUGCGAACAACUAAAUAUAAGUAAGAAUAAGUGGGAGAGUGGUGUAUGUAACAUGUAUAUAUACGUACUACAAUACUAGACUGUACUCUCUUGUCGGCAUUUCCCCUAUAGCCACCUUGUAUAUUUACCGUUCAGUGCGUUGUCUAUGGAUAUGCUACAUUGCGAAAUAUAAAGCAAAUAUACAUGAUCAGUGAGCAAA